GGUGUUCUCUGCACGACUGAAGAUGGCGACAGACUGAAGGCAAGCGGCGGGCGCGGGAGGGGGAGAUGGACAGGCCUAGCCGCCGCGCCCGGGCGCUCCGGAGUGGCCAAGCUGCGGCCCGCCUGAGGCGCAAGAGAAAAGGCGAGUGAGGGCGGCCGGCGCCCAGUCGCCGUGGGACAGCCGAGCAGGCGGUCGGGAGCGAGCGAACAAGGCUGGCCCAUCGAGACGGACGAUGAAGAGGGCCAAACGGUGAGGCACGGAGCGCUGGACGGAGCGGCAGGGGCGCCUGCGCUCGAGAGAGGGGGGGGGAUGCCGGUGCGGCACGGCGCGCCUUCGCCCCGCCAGGGCUGGCCAUGGUGAGAAGCGCCGUAGCGGCGCAGCACCAUGCGCCGGCCCGCGGAAGCCUUUAGCAGCAGCCCCGCGGCGGGAGGCUGGGGGCGUCCGCGCGGGGGUCAGCAGCCGCAGCGGCGGCGGUGGAGAAGGAGCAGGCGGGUCCGGCGGUGUCUCGUCGCCGGCCGCAGGGCGAGCGAUGCUGCUGCCCCUCACCCUACCACCAUGCCGGGGCGGCGGCGGAGGAGGGGGAGGUAGGUGACAUUGUUGUCGGGGAGGGGGGACACAGAGGAGCGGCGGAGCCCAGGAGCGCCGCCGCCGCCGCCCCCCGCCGAGCGCGCUCUGCCUUCUCCGCGCCGCCCCCGAAAAAUAUGACCAGCGGCGCUUGGAUGCAGCCACGAGAAAAUGACGCCGCCGCCGCCGCACUAGCUGCCCGCCUCGCCCCCCCGAGCCAGCCCGAGAAGCCCUGCGCCGACUCGGAGCGGGCCCAGAAAUGGCGCCUGUCGCUGGGCUCGUUGCUCUUCUUCGCCGUCCUCCUUUCCGACCAUUUGUGGCUCUGCGGCGCCGCCGGAGCCCAGCUCGGAGCUCAGGCUGAGAGCUUCGCCAUGUCGGCGCCCUGGGCCGCUCUCGUCGGAGGGCCGCGCAACCGAAGCGAGGGCCCCGCCCCGCCGGCCCACCCCCACUGCUCCGCCGCCGGCGCCCCGGGUCGGCGCCCGGACCUGAGCUCUGCGUGCUCCCAACGGCGCCUCUUGCAGCAGGGCGCUCUGGCCGCCUUCCCCGCCGUGCCUCUGAGGCUUCCUGCGGCCGCCGCGGCCGCCGCCUCCCCCCAGCUGGACUUUUUGGAGGAACACUUUCGGAACUUUCGCCUCCCCUUUUGUGACACUUACACGGCCUGGGACCUGCUGCUUGGCAUGGCCGGCCCGGAAAGCUUGGACUGCAGCUUGCCGAACCUCCUGAUGGACUUCUUCUCUGCUGCGGCGGGAGCCCAGCGAGGGGAGGCCUGUAGCAGCUGCCUGGAGGCAUAUCAAAGGCUGGACCAACACGCUCAGGAAAAAUACGAGGAGUUCGAGCUUUUGCUGGAGAAAUACCUGCAAGCCGAGGACUAUUCUGUGCGCUCCUGCAUCAGAGAAUGCAAGGCUGUCUACAAGGCUUGGCUGUGCUCUGAGUAUUUUGAUGUGACACAACUACAGUGCCAACACCGGAUUCCAUGCAAGCAAUACUGCCUGGAGGUGGAGACUAGGUGCCCCUUUGUGUUGCCUGACAACGAUGAAUUGAUCUAUGGAGGGUUGCCUGGCUUCCUCUGUACGGGGCUGUUGGAGAACCAGCUGCCUGACCGGGAAGCAAAGUGCUGUGAUGUGCAGUGGGACUCCUGUGACCACCAGCCCGACCGCAGCUACAACACCUCCUCCAAAUCCACAGAGUCGGAGUCAUUCCACAGCCCACGCCACGAUGCCCCCCAUCACCAGCAGCGGCAGCAGCAGCGGCAGCAGCAGCAGCAGCGGCAGCAGCAGCAGCACUACCACCUGUACUACCACCACCACCAGUAUCCACACCCAUCUCUGCUGCCAGUCUCUGCUGGGUCUCGCCUCAGCCACAGCAAAAUCCGGCUCUGCGUCCUGGUCCUUGUGCUUCUGCACACCAUGGUGUCCUUCUCCAGUGUGCACAGCAGUGGAGGGCUGAGCUUGGACGUCCUUCCCGCCAUGGAUGAGAGCAUCGCGAGGGAUGAGUGACCCAGCGGGAGAGCAGCUCUCAGGCAAAAAGAAAGAACGGAAAAGAAAACAGGCCUCGGGGAGGGGGCAUUUCUUGUACCUCUCUUGGGAGGCACUGGUUGGGUGAUGCGCACCGACCCACCCCCCCGUGGAGACCCCCACCAAGAGCAACACAUCACAGGGCCACCCUGGGAGGCCUGGAGGGCUGUGUGUGUGGAAACACGGCCUCGAGGAGGGCUCCAUGAGCCACUGGCCUGAGGCCGAGGGCACGCAGGCUUGCAGAGGCUGGGCAGGGAAGGAGCAGAAGCAUAAGUGGGGCACCUGGCCUCCUGCAAAGGCAGAGGCCAGUGAACAGCCCCCAGGAGCGAGCGAGCACUGCUGCUCCUGCCACCACAUGCCCUGGGUGAGGCUCCGGGCCACGAUGUUCCUGCUCCCCAGUGGGCAAGUGGCCUAUGGCAGGGACAGAAUGAGCUUAGCAGAGAUCUGCUCCCAAGUCAUGUGCUCAGCCCAACCCAGACAAUGGGGUGAUGACAGGGUUCCUUCCUUCCUUCCUUCCUUCCUUCCUUCCUUCCUUCCUUCCUUCCUUCCUUCCUUCCUUCCUUCCUUCCUUCCUUCCUUCCUUCCUUCCUUCCUUCCUUCCUUCCUUCCC